AUGGCUAUUGAUGAAGAUAAGGACUUCCAAAGCUCGGUUCUGUCAAAAGAGAAGCGAACUAGAGGACCAACUAUAAUUAAUCGUUGGAAUCUAAAUGAUCGUCAGCCCAUCUUCUUGAAUGAAAAAAAGCGCCAGCCAGUUAGUCCUGAUAAAGGCACUCUAAUCAAAUUAAGUCAGUUUUUGUGGUUCAUUGAUUCUGUUCUUGCACCACUGAAUUUUCUUGAUUGGCGUCACGUUUCUAACAAAGAUAAACUCUGGGAGUAUAUGAAGGUACCAUUCUUUAAAAUUUCAGAAUUUUGGUGGUUCUCUGUACACCACAUUGUUAGAAGCACUACAAUAGGUGUGGUAAUUAAUUCAAGAAUUACUUUUCAGAAGAAAUUCAUUGUUUCGAAUGAAGGGAAAGAAUAUGUGUUGUUUUCGAUUGGUGCUCUGUGGCGUGCUCACAAAUCUAGAAUAAAAAAGAAGCACUACUUUGUAUGGAAAAGUCGACCAAGAUCAAUUCCAGAUGCACAUUUUAAGGAAUUAUUGAAUUACUGGAAUUUAGAGGAGGUUAAGACUCUUGAAGGCACCAAUGAAAAAGAAUUACUGGAGGACGAUAAUAGUGGAGCGAACUCACAAUCUAUCCCACUUCAACUUGAUAAUGACUGCAUUGAAGGAAGAGAGCUAAGAAGUGAGGGUGACGAUUUA